AGGACUAGGUCCCAGCCAUCUCCCAAGGCCCCACGCACGCUCCAGCACCCCAACUCCAGCCACAGCGCCAUGGGCGAGUGGGCGUUCCUGGGCUCGCUGCUGGACGCCGUGCAGCUGCAGUCGCCGCUCGUGGGCCGCCUGUGGCUCGUGGUCAUGCUGAUCUUCCGCAUCCUGGUGCUGGCCACGGUGGGCGGCGCCGUGUUCGAGGACGAGCAGGAGGAGUUCGUGUGCAACACGCUGCAGCCCGGCUGCCGCCAGACCUGCUACGACCGCGCCUUCCCGGUCUCGCACUACCGCUUCUGGCUCUUCCACAUCCUGCUGCUGUCGGCGCCGCCGGUGCUGUUCGUCGUCUACUCCAUGCACCGCGCCAGCAAGGGGCCGCGCGGCGCGGACGCCGAGCCCGAGGCGGGGGCCGCGGGGGGCGCGGCGGGGCGCGGGGGGCCGGCGGGCGGGGGCGCGCGCCGCUGCUACCUGCUGAGCGUGGCGCUGCGCCUGCUGGCCGAGCUGGCCUUCCUGGCGGGCCAGGCGCUGCUCUACGGCUUCCGCGUGGCCCCGCGCGUCGCGUGCGCCGGCGCGCCCUGCCCGCACACGGUCGACUGCUUCGUGAGCCGGCCCACCGAGAAGACGGUCUUCGUGCUCUUCUACUUCGCCGUGGGGCUGCUGUCCGCGCUGCUCAGCGUGGCCGAGCUGGGCCACCUGCUCUGGAAGGGCCGCUGCCGCCCCGCGGCCGAGCGCGACAACCGCGGCCCCCGCGCGCGCGAGGAGGCGCAGAAGCUGCUCCCGCCGCCCCCCCCGCCGCCCCCCGCGCUGCCCCCGCGGCGCCCCGGCCCCGGCCCCGACGCCCCGCCCGCCUACGCGCACCGGGCCCCGGCCGGCCCCGGCGAGGGCAGCGGCAAGGCGACGCCGGGCGCGGGCCGCCGGGACCUGGCCAUCUAG